AAACGAGCGCUCCCCCAACAUCCAUGCUGUCAUAACGUUUGUUAAGGACAUGUAGAGGGUCCAUGCUAUCCUCGAAACAUCCUAUUUCAAGAACUCCCCCGGAGUGUUUAUUGACACACGACCAUUGUAUGUCUGUUCGCCGUGAUGUUUCGUAGGAGUCAAAGCUUAAGAACUUUACUCAGCUUUGUCCCGGGUAAACGUAGUCUCGGGACAUACAGGUUCCUUCCCAUCUUCUUUUGCAUCGGAGGGGUCAUGGAGUGGAUUAUGAUCAACGUGAGGAUAGGAAGAGAGACUUUUUAUGAUGUCUACCGGAGAAAACAAUCAGAACGGGAGUACCAGCAGAAGAUAACAGAGGGGUUGAACGCUCACAAUGAGCCAGCAGCCAAGUGAAUGACAGGCUGAUAUAAUGUGGAUUUUACAAGUGUCGUCCAAGGACACAUUCUUGGAUUAAUUCUUGUCUGGAAUGGACUUCAUAGCACGUUAUUGGGUUACAACAACCAUAUCACAUUUGUAAAUGUUUUUAAGGAGUCAAGAGUGAAGAGCUGAUGGAGAAAUGGCUUCCAACAUGCAGGUUUUAUUGUUAAUAUGAUCUACAGUUUAACAAGCAUUAACAGUAAUAAUAUCACUGUGAACAAUGAAAUGAUCUCAACAACAGUCUGAUAUUGAUUUAACAAAGUCUGUGUUGAUUUUCUGUUAAACCAAGAGAAAACAGUCUCAGCCAUAUUAUAAAAAAAAAAAAAUGAAAAAAAACACAAAGCUUCUUUUUAUUUACAGAUUUCAUGGAUGAUUUUGCACAGAUUCGUUAAUAUCGACAGAAAGCAUUUGAUAAGACACAAGAAAUGUAAUUAUGUGAUUUCUGUAAAGAGGUGUUGGACUGUAGGUAGAUUUGAGAAGAUAAAAUCUAACUUAAGAACUCUA